AUGAAAUUGAGUGUACCUGGCAUUUCUACCGUGACGAACUUUAGCGAUAAAUACUGGGAUGCCACUGGCUUGACAUCUGCACCAGGUGCUGGUCUCAUCCCCUUUCUUGUCACGAUGGUCUUCUGGCAACGCGCAUCCGCUCUCCUAUUCACCUGUGCCCCUCUUAUCAACGCGGCUACGCUCUCAGUGCGCGACACGUCCGUGUCAUCUGACGGGUUGUUAGUCAACACAGCGUCUGGGAAGGUUCAGGGAUUUUACAAUAAUACUGCUCACACCGUCCGUGCCUUCCUGGGUGUGCCCUUUGCAGCUGCCCCCACUGGUUCUCUACGAUUCCUCCCUCCUCAAAAGCGUCAACGUUCGUCGAGCACAAUCCAGGCAACGUCAUGGCCACCCUCAUGUCCCGGCCUGUAUACCAACGAUACGACCGUAUACUCGCUGUUGCCGUACUUCCCUAUCGCUGGGUAUGAUGAGGACUGUCUGUCCAUCAACGUUUGGACACCGAGUACGUCCCGCUCAAAGAAAGGGCAGCUCUUUCCGGUGAACAUUUACAUCUACGGCGGUUCAUUCGACCAGGGCGGGACAUCCAUCCCUACCUACGAGGCCACUGAUUUGGUUGCAAACCACGAUGUCGUGUCCGUUCACAUCAACUACCGAGUGACGAUAUUUGGCAACCCAAAUUCCCCUUACCUCGCUGCCAAGGGUAGUUCAACUAACGUUGGGCUUCUGGACCAGCGCUUCGCCAUCGAGUGGCUCCAAAAGAAUGUUGCUGCGUUUGGAGGCGACCCCAAGCGUAUGAUUGUGUUCGGUCAGAGUGCUGGUUCAAUCAGUGCCGGCUACCUUCCUUUCGCCUACCCGAACAACCCUAUCAUUACUGGGAUCGGUGAACUCAGCGCAUCUAUCCUUAUCCCUAACGCCGCCGUUAUUAUGCCUGAGAUUGCACAAGGCAAUUUUACCGACCUUGCGACCACUGUCGGAUGCGCCUCAGGUACCGACAAGCAAAUCUUCGAGUGUAUGCAAAAAGUCCCUUGGAAGACGCUCAUAGAUAAUAUCGUCGGUCAUACAGAAAAGAACUACCUGUUCCGCAUUGUUGCAGAUGGUAUUACUGCAUUUAACGACAUUCCUACUAGAAUCGCAGCUGGUAAACUCGCCAAGAUACCCCAGUUUAGCGGCCAGUUGGAUCAUGAAGCCGACUCGCUCGUUCCGUUCAGUUUUGACGGCAUCAACCAGACUGCUGCGGAUGAGUUUACCUAUAACAUCAUCGUUUGCCCGGCGGUGAGGGAGGCACAGCUUCGUGUUAACGCUGGGCUCACAACUUUCCGCUACCGCUACUCUGGCGUUUAUCCCAACCUUUCACCCUACCCUUUUAUUCGCGCAUACCACACUUCAGACGUACCUAUGUGGUUCGGCGCAGUGAACACGGUUCGGGGGCUCAAGGAGAAAACCACAGCCGAGCAAAAGAAACAAUCCGCAUACAUGCAGGGUGCAUUGGCGGCGUUUACCAAGGACCCAAAGGAAGGGUUGGCCAAGUACGGGUGGCCACUCUACCAAGGCAACAAGGGCAAGACUUUGGUUCACUUGGAUCCAAGCAACAGCUCAAAGCUUGUCGUGCUUGAGAACCCGGCCGAGUUUGAUGCCCCUUGUGGUUCCACAUAA